AUGCUUUAUUUGCGUGGGGGUCUUAUUUUCUCUGAAGGAAUGGUUGAAAAUAAUAUUUCUUCCGGGCAACAACUAAAUCAAGAAAAUUUAUUUUAUGGAAGCAUUUCACAAACAAAAUAUAGAAUUUGUAAGGAUAUAAGAGUAAAUCCUGUUGAAAUAAUAAUGGAUGGAAAUUUGGGUAUAGUCACAUUUAGAGGUGCACCAUAUGACCAAAUAAGUUCUGAGAUUAAUGUUCCUCAACAGCAACAAAAAACUCAACGGCCAAUAGGUUUUCGUCUUCAUGUUUAUGCAAAAUGUGGUGGAAUUCUUUGGGUUAAUAGUGAACGUAAAGUGCUUAAUACAGCAAAUGUUGGGUUAAAAAUGCAACAAAAUAUUAAUAAAAUAAAAGAAAAUAAUAAUAGCAAUAUUUGUGAAUGGAAUUUGCGUUUGAGUGAAAAUUCUGAAGGCAAUCAGAAAAUUUUUGUUCGUAUCGAGCAAUACUUUUUCCCAUCAUCAACACAAUUAUUAAACCCAAAUAAUAACAGAGAACCUCCUCAGUUGGAAUUUUUCUGUGGAGAAGAUUCCAAAGGAAUUGUUGAAGCAUCGACAAACACAAACCUUCAACAAGAAUCAAUACCACCCCAAUUACAACAUUUCCAUGAAUUUGUAUGUGAUCAGAAUCAGGCAAGAUUGGUUGGCAAACAAUUAGAUACAAUGGAAUCAUCUGCUUUUCUUAUCAAUUAUGAUGUUGCUUCUACUUUUUGUGGUGCCCAAUCAAUUAACGAUCAACAAGGCAGACUUGCACUCAAUCCAAUUUUGUCCCCAACAGAAUGUGAAUGGACUAUUAAUGCUGUUAAAGGCUCCCAUGUUUCUAUCCAAAUUCUUGCCUUUUCACUUCCAAAGUCGGAAUUCUGUACAAUUUCAUUUUUGGAAUUUCGAGAAAAAAAUUCGAGUGGGCAAUUAAUUGGACGUUUUUGUGGAGAUUUGUUUCCCCCGUCUGUUGAAAAUAUUGAAGGACCUAUUUAUAUUAGGUUGAGACAUAAAAUUGAAGAAGAUUUGGAUAUUGAUGGGGAUGAGGAAGGAAAUAAUGAUAAUGGAAAAAUAGCGAGAAUUGAAUUAAAAUAUACAAAAAUUUAUGGCCAAACAUCUUCUCACAUAAUCGAAUCACCCCCUGAAGGGUUAAUUCAGCCAGUUUCUUGGCGAAUCGCUACAGAAGAUUCUGAGAAUUGGAUUCAGUUUGGAUUAUCUGAAUAUAUUUUAGAACAAUUCCCUGCAAGAUUAGAUGUUCACCCAUAUUGGUGUUUUUUGGUUCCUUCCACGUCGGAAGAAGAAGCCUGUGUUGCUAAUGAUCCAUUAACUCUUAGCUUUACUAAUCUUUCACCUCCCGAGAGAAAUUAUUUAUAUACUUUACGAUCUAAUAAAGCAACAAUUGUUUUUUAUCCAAAAUGUUUUGUUUCCAAAAAUUGUUUUGUAUCUCCAUUUAAAUUUUAUUGGAAAGAGGUGAAUCCAAGGAAAGGAGAACAUAAUGGGACAUCAGAAAUUGAUAAUGUAGAGAAAUCAAAAGAUGGAGGCUUUACUUGUGGGGGAGAGUUAACUGCAACAUAUAAAAUACAAACACUAAAUAGUCCGAUUGAUCAGAACACAAUGAAGUAUCGUAACAAUGAGAGAUGUAAAUGGACAAUAAGACGCCCUCAAUUUGCCAAUAUUUUGUUGACUGUUACCAAUCUAGAUUUAGAACCCCAUCCAGAAUGUCAAUAUGAUUGGUUAUCUCUUGGGACAGUAAAUUAUGAAAAAGCUAAAGAAUUAGAUGAUAUUCCAACAAUUCAAAGAAUUUGUCAAAAACAACAACAAACCUCAACAACAACAAUUGAAAUAAAUUCAUCAGAGUUUGCCUUUAUUUAUUUUUACACAGACAGGUAA